CCUGCUUAUAAGGAGAGCAUGGCAACCUUUUUCACAUACCAUUAUCUCCCCUCGACUUCAGUCUUCUAAUUCAUUGACUCAAGCCAGAGCUCUUCUCUGCAUUCUUGCACCUUCCUACUCUCAAACUCCACAAGCAUUAUCCCAGAUUCCCAGCUUCUCUAAUUAUUUUUGGCUCAUUUCUUAUUCGCCUAAUCGAGUAAUGGCAUCCCUGACUUCGUCGCGGAAUUCCAACUCGUCCUGGACGCUGAAGCAGAACAAGCUGUUUGAGAAUGCCCUGGCUGUGUACGACAAGGACACACAGGACCGGUGGCACAAUUUGGCCAAGGCUGUGGGUGGAAAAUCAGCCGAGGAAGUCAAGAGGCACUAUGAGAUUCUGGUGCAGGAUCUCAUGCAUAUAGAAUCUGGUCAAGUCGUUCUACCCAAUUACAGGGCCACUGGAAGCAACUCUAGACUCUAGAAGUGCUGAUCAUGAGUGAGGCUUGAGAAAAAUCUGAAGAUAUGAUGAAGAAAUGUGACCACAUGCAAUAUUGUUCUGUGAUAUUGCUGCCUAUCUAUUAGUCCUAGCUACCUGCCUAUCUAUUAGUCCUACCAAGUACCAAGUGUGAAUGUGAUACCAGUUUCAAGGACUAACCCUAUGUGUUUAUUAUUUUUAGUUAUGAAUGUCUACAAGAAAUUAAACGAUAUAUUGUGUUUCUGUAAAAAAAAAAAAAAAAAAACAUUGUAAAGGCGUGCAAUAUAUUAUGUGAUGCUGCCUAUUAGUCGCUCAUUCCUACCAAGUACCGAGUUUGAAUAUGUUACCAGUUUCAAGACCCUCUGUGUUUAUAUAAUA